AUGGAAAACGUUCCCGACCAAGGAGGAGGCCACGGGGCCGGGCAAGGGGAAGACCGAGGGUGCUACGACCAAGGCCGAGACUACGACCAAGGCCGAGACUACGACCAAGGCCGAGACUACGACCAAGACUACGACAGCCCAUAUGAAUUCACCCCGGUCACGGACUUGAGCGACCAGGUGGCCGACUUGAGCGACCAAGUGGAAGUCCUCUACUCGAUAGACACCCUGAGUUCCGUCGUUCCUAUCAACUUAACCGACUCCAGUCAUGACAUCUACAAUGACGACAGUGUGUACUACGCUGUGUACGAAGACGACUGGCGACAAGCCCGUUCGUAUGACCUCCGAUUCGACUCCCCCUACCGUGAGCAGUACCGACCACUCCGGCAUGAGGCUGCAGUUCACCGGUCUACCCCGGUCGACGAGAUGUCGGGUCGUGAGUUGUCGGGUGCGAGCACUCCGACGCACGUGUGUGCUGCGGCACAUGGCAGAGCGGGGAGCGGGUCAAAGGGGGGCCCGCGGGCGACGGGCACACGAGCGUCGGGCACCCGGGUUGUUAAAACCACGGACAGUUCGGGAGCCGUGGUUGUAACCGAAACAGAGUCGCCGAUAGUCACUCCUUGUCCCGAGUUUGUGGACAGUGCUUUGGAGUACUUCUGGCGCGCGUGCUACCGCGCCGUAGUGGAUGCGCGAAGGCUCGUGGGGGCGGAUGCCUCAGCGGACGACGCCUUUUACGUCUUCGCGCAACUGUGUCCGGCCAUUGAGGUCGUCCCGGCCGGGCGGAUGAAGAAACGACGCGCGUCGAAAGCGUUCGAUCCCAGGACGCUACGGCAAAGACACGCUCCCACGACUGCACGACCUCCCGCCGUCAUCAACCUUGACGAUGACGUAGCGGCCCACUUUGUGGUGAUUGCGGACAGUGACACAGACAAGGAAACGACCCAAGUGGGAGCGACUCAAGUGGGAGCGAAGAAAUCGGAAGCGGUCGAUAUAAGGAGCGAAGCAGUCGAUAUAAAGGGCGAAGCAGCCGAUAUAAAGGGCGAAGUGGUCGAUAUAAAGGGCGAAGUGGUCGAUAUAAAAGGUGAAGUGGUCGAUAUAAAGGGCGAAGUGGUUGACGCAGAAGGCGGAAGGAGUGAUUGGACAGAGGGCGGAAGGAGUGAUUGGACAGAGGGCGAAGCUAUCAAUCGGGAGGUUGCGAUGGUGGUGGAAAAAUCUGAACGGAAAAGACGUUCCCGGCCUCCUCCGAAAGUGGACCGCCGAAAUUCAGUAGAAAUUCAGGGGUUGAGUGUGAGGACGGUGGACGUCCGAUACGUCGUUCGUUGCUUCAGCGAGGUCGGAAGCUACACUAUCCCGAAUCUGCCGGACGUGCAAUGGAUUCGAGAUCGUUAUACCUUUGACCAGGACACAUUUUCCAAGACAAGAGACAUUUUAGAGCUGAGGGACAGCGCCUUUCAGGACAUGGCGCACUGGACGUUCACCGUCAUUACCGACUACACUGUGUCCGGCCCUGCGGUCGUUCCGGGGUUCGGCGCAGUAGCCGGCGUUGGGGCGUUGGGUGUGGUUGACCGACCGAUGGUUGACCGACCAAUGGUUGACCGACCAAUGGUUGACCGACCAAUGGUUGACCGACCAAUGGUUGACCGACAGAGUACGGGAAGUGUUGAAAGCGGAGAAAAGAGUAGUUGCCCCGAAAAGGGGAGUUGCCCCGAAGCUGGCGAGGAUGACUCUGCUCGAAAACUAGCACGAGUGUUGGUUCGGCGCGACAUUGAACAAAGGCGACACUUCACAAAAAUGAAGAUCGGGAAGAACAUGAACAUGGUGGCGCCUAAAUCCGCAGCGGAUUUAAUUCACGGAUUAUCCUGUCCAAUUUGCUACCUCCAAAUUUGCGAGACUCCGCAAUCUGUGCAAAAUAAAAUGGACGAAACUUACGAGCUCCGUGUGCCUCCUUGCGGUCACUACCUGUGCACACCAUGUCUGACACUCUGUUGCAAAAUGAAACUAAAUUGUCCAAGCUGUAGAUCCAAAUUGGAACCGGCUUAUAAACUUUUGCCAAUCCAAACAGACAAGCCAAGGCCUAACAACCACCUCAAGGAAUUCAUAGACAAGAUGCUCGGGCCUAUUAUCUGA